GUGUUUGUAUUUAUAUAAUGAUAUUUCAUUUUUAAUUGCAUUGACACUACCAUCGGCGUGUACAAGCUGGCAUCAUAUCAAUUCUUUCACACACUCUUAAUACAUCAAGGCAGAUUCUUUCAUCGCAGGCUGUGUGUUUAAAAGCACUGCCCACCCCCACCUCAUUGGUUGUUAAGGGGGGAAAUUUUGCUCCAAUAGGAUUCAGAACUGUACAAAGAGAUCUACUCCCUCCCCCAUGCAGCCUCAGCACCGUACACACUUACAUUUCACCGAGCUGGAGGAGAGCGAGCGAUGCUCUUAUUGGAAUUAAAAACAAACAAUCUUUAUUUAGUCUUUGUCAUGGACCGAUUUUUUUAACUUUGCUCAUGGAUUAAUGCUUCAUGACAAUGGAUGGUAGCUAUUGUUUUUUAAAUUACCUCAAUGGGGAAUAAUUCUAACGGACCGGGGAUGACAAAGACAAUAGGAUACCGAGACUGGAGAUGGCAGGCGCUUUGGUGGCAUCAUUUCUUUCUCUUGUGGACUACAAUAAACGGACAGACUCGUUACAGCAUCCCGGAGGAACUGAAACAGGGCUCUGUGGUAGGAAAUCUAGCCAAAGAUCUGGGGUUGGGACUAUCAGACAUUUUUGACCGUAAACUGCGUGUCUCCUCUGAGGCUGGCGAGCAGUAUUUCAGCGUAGAUGCGGGGAAGGGCGAUCUGGUGGUGAAUGACAGAAUAGACAGAGAGGCUUUAUGUGGCCAAAGCACCAGCUGCGUGUUGCCCUUAAAGGUUGUAACAGAGAAUCCGCUACAGUUACACCGGAUAGAAGUAGAAAUAAGGGACAUUAAUGACAAUUUUCCGAUUUUUUCAUCAGGGGAGAGAUCUUUAAAAAUAGCAGAAUCGACAGCCACAGGCAUUCGCUUUCCUUUAGAACAAGCACAGGAUCAGGACGUUGGUAGUAAUUCAGUAAAAUCUUAUACUUUAAGUAAAGAUGAAUGUUUUAGUUUGAGGAUAAAAGAGUUGUCUGGUAAUCGAAAGGUUCCUGAACUAGUGCUGGAGAAAUCGCUUGAUAGAGAGAAACAAAGUGUACAUGAAUUAUUACUGACCGCUUUAGACGGAGGCAAUCCUGUUAAAACUGGAACCACAAAAAUCAUAGUUACUGUACUGGAUAUCAAUGACAAUAUCCCUGUUUUCAAAAAGCCGUUGUAUAAUGUAACUGUCCAUGAAAACAGUGUCGUUGGUUCUGUACUUGUAAAAGUUGAAGCAACAGACGCAGACGAGGGUGUUAAUGGAGAGAUUGAAUACGCAUUUGCUGAGCAUACACCCCAAUCACUGCUAUCUAUUUUUCAGUUGGAUUCAACUACAGGUGACAUUUCCUUGUUAGGUCAGUUAGAUUAUGAAAGUAAUGCAAUGCAUGAAAUAGAUAUUACUGCAAAAGAUAAAGGAGUUCCAGCGAUGGAGGGCCACUGCCGCGUGCAAGUAAUGGUGAUAGACAUUAAUGAUAAUGCUCCAGAAAUAGUCCUUACUUCAAACCCAAGCCCAGUACGCGAGGAUGCACCGAGAGGUACUGUUGUAGCCUUAAUUAGUGCAAGAGACCUUGACUCGGGUAAUAACGGUAAAGUAACGUUAAAACUCGCCAAGGGUUCACCUUUCAGUUUGAAAACCUCAUUUUCGAAUAAUUACGCACUUGUUACCAGUGGUUCAUUGGACCGAGAGGUAUUCUCAGAGUAUAAUUUAGAGAUAACAGCCACUGAUUCAGGCUCUCCUCCUCUGUCCAGUAAGAAAAUUAUCCCUGUCAGCAUCACUGAUGUGAAUGAUAACCCUCCUGUAUUCACUCAGCCCUCCUAUAAUGUGUAUUUAAAAGAGAAUGGGGUUGCAGGCUCUAUACUGUACUCAGUAUCAGCAUCUGAUUUGGAUUUUGGUGAAAACGCCAAACUCUCUUACUCUAUACUGGACUCUAAAGUGCAGGACGUGUCUGUCUCCUCUUAUGUUUACAUUAACUCAGAUAACGGCAGCAUCUACAGCAUGCACUCGUUUGACUAUGAGAAACUGAAGGUGUUUCAGAUUCAGGUUCAGGCAAAGGAUCAGGGCUCUCCGUCUCUCAGCAGCAACGCCACCGUCCAUGUUUUUAUCCUGGACCAGAACGACAAUGCCCCCGCUGUUAUUUACCCCUCCUCCGCUGCCCUGGGCUCCCUCUCUCAUCAGAGGAUGCCCCGCUCCGCUAAAGCAGGUCACCUGGUUACUAAGGUGACGGCCGUGGACGCUGACUCGGGCCAUAACGCCUGGAUCUCCUACAAACUGGCGGAGGCCACAGACGCCUCUCUGUUCACUGUCAAUCUGUACACAGGGGAGGUGAGGACUAAACGCGCUGUGUCCGAGCAGGACGACUCCUCUCAGAGGCUGCUUAUAGAGAUCAAGGACGACGGGGAACCGGUCCAGUCCGCCACCGUCACGGUGUCCAUCCUGCUGGAGGACGGCCUCCACGAGCCCAUCUUAGACCUCCGACAGAAAGUGGCCGAGCCCAGCAAGAAAACUGGCAGAAUCACCCUUUAUUUGAUUCUUUCUCUGGCCUCGGUGUCCGUGCUGUCUCUGGUGACUUUUCUCAUCUUAGCGGUUAAAUGCAUGAGGAGCAGCACAAGCAGCGGUAGUUGCUGCAUGAGACGGAGCGACUGUGAUGAUUACAAGAACCCCAACAGAAACCUGCAGAUCCAGCUCAACACUGAUGGACCUAUAAAGUACGUGGAGGUCCUGGGAGGAGACAUGUUGUCUCAGAGUCAGUCCUUCAGGUCCUGUAUGUCUCCAAUGUCAGAGUACAGUGACUUCACUUUGAUAAAACCCAGCAGCACUACUGACUUUAAGGAGGUGAUCAGUGUUCUGGAUGCGUCUUUACCCGACAGCACCUGGACCUUUGAGAGCCAGCAGGUGAGCUCAAAACAGAAGACCUAUUGUGUAAUUUGAUUUACAUUUCUUUAACUUUGAAUAUUUUUACUUUCCUCUGGUUACAUUGUGCUUUGAAACUUAGGGCAAGUAUUUUUUCUUUUGUUGAUUUUUAGUUGCGUUCCUGGACUGGACAUUCAGUAGUCUUUGAUGUCCUGGUGAUUUUUCUUUUCAACAAUCAACACUUAUAAACUUCAGUCGUAUAAUAUUCCAUUCUGUCAUGUUAUAUAAUUUCUUUAAAUCGGUAUUGUAAGUUUGAUAAUGAAUA